GGGGGAAGCAGAACAGCCCUUGGAGGGUCAGAGCAGCCCUGGGGAGGAGCAGAGAGCUCGAGGAAAAGCAAAGCAGCCCCGAGGGGAGCAGAGCAGCCCCGAGAGGAACAGUCCCGAGGAGCAGCCCGGAGGAAAGCAGUGCCGGAGGGAAGCAGAGAAGCUCCGUAGAGAGCAGCCUGGGUGGCAGCAGCCCCGCGGGGGAGCGGAGCGGCGCCGGGGGGAGCAGAGACGCUCGGUGGAGAGCAUCCCCGCGGGCAGCAGAGCCGCGCGGCUCCGCCCGCCGGCCGGCGCUGACUCAGCCGGGGAGGCCGGAGGGCGCCCCUGCCCCGCGGGCGUGGCUGCUGCCCGCCGCCCUCCGGGGCGAUAAAAAGGGGCUGCCGAAGCUCGCCAGAGCCUCUCGGCGCUGCCGGCAGCGAUGACCGCCCUCGGGGCGCAGGCGCAAAGGCUGCUGGCACAGCGUAGGCCACAGAAAUCCUUCUUUGAGACGCUCAUCAGGAGCCUGAUCAUCUUGUGUGUGGCGAUAGCGGUGGUCUUGUCGUCCAUCUCCAUCUGUGAUGGGCGCUGGCUCUUCGCGAAGGGGCAGCUCUUUGGACUGUGGCAUUUCUGCACCAUUGGCAACAGUAGCAUCCUGAAGUGCGUCACGGACCUCAGCCUGGCCCAGGUGGAGGGGCUCAGUGUAGGGGUGAUCCCCAUAAGAAGCCUGGUGUCCUUUGCUGUUGUGGUUGCCAUAUUCGGCCUGGAGCUGCUGAUGGUGUCCCAAGUCUGCGAGGAUGCCAACGCAAGGCGGAAAUGGUCAAUGGGUUCGAUUCUCAUCCUUGUCUCAUUUUUGCUGUCGGCUACUGGGGUUCUGAGCUUCUCCAUCCUUGUGAAAGAUCACCUCAGCUUCACAGGCUUCACGCUGACGUACUGGUGUGAGUUCAUUGCUGCCUUUCUCUUCUUCCUUAACGGGAUCAGUGGACUUCACAUCAAUAGCCUUACGCACCCCAGGAACAGGGUAGGCAAAAUCUAAGUGCAAAGGGUGUACCUCUGCCUUUAUGUAAUCAGCUUUGCCAAUUAGACUGGAAAAAAGGGAGUCUAAUGAAGUUUGAAAAGGACACCAGGACACCGUGACUUAAAUUGUGUGCAAGGAGGGGAAGCAUGAGUCAGUCUUGAUUCCUGUAGAAGACAUACCCACCCAGUGGUCAGCAUAAAGAGCUGCGCAACGCGAACAAAGUAGAGACUUGAGACUGGCUGCCACUGAAAUGUGUUUUUCUGGAGAAGUGGAUUAAAGAAGAGGGUAUGCCAUUAAAUGGGUGACUGUGAGCUACGCAUAAGCUCAGUUUUGAGGCUUACACAAAGCCUGUACUCCUGUGGGUUUGGUGUUGCUGGGCUUUUCCCCGUACUUUGGAGCCUGUGAAGAGUGAUGUAACUGUGGUGUGUCGUAGGGCUUUGCUCUGUCUCAGGGACAGAUGAUUUGUACCUGGCCAUGCUCACUGGCAUGGAGUACUGAAAUUCCUUACUGGAUCUCACUCUUCUGUUUCCCUUUAAAAAGAGAAGGCACACAGGUCUUGAUCCGGUCACCCAUUCUGUUUCCUGCUGGCACACUCUCUGGGCCCAUCCUUUCUUCUGUAAGUUAUUCUGAGGCUCCUCUGACAGAGGCACAGGGAGAUGUAGCUGUCUUGGGGCCAAGGAUGGGUGUUGGGUGAUGCUGGUGUACAGGGAAGGGUUGUGAUGCCUUCUGUGGGUAGCAGUGCAUGUUCCUGCACUUUCAUGGCACCUACCUGCUGUUGCCUGUCCUCUGCCACCCCUUGCAGGACACGUGCCAAUCAGCCACCCAAACUGGCUCCCUCAUAGCCCUUGCAAAGUUCUCUGUAAUGGGGCAUUGCUUGUCCAGGAUUCUUUUUUUUGCCUUGUUGGGGCAAGGAGGACAAGGUCUUGCAAGGGUUUUAGGUGGGAAUUUUGUCUGGGUGGACCUUGUUGAGACAACUGCACCUUCCAGUGUUUGUUUUGCUUGUCAGAGUUUCCUGGUGAGGCAAUGGGAAAUCUCAUGCUGUUGCCAAGCAUGUCCUAUAGCAUUUCUUCUGGGAGGAGAAAGUUCUAAAUCCUCCUGACUAGUCCAAGUAUUUUUCAUCCCUGGAUUAACAGUAGGCCUGGAAGGAGAAGCCACCCAUGAUUAUGUAAGGAGGAGCUGAUGGGGCAGCUCUAAUCUGUUGCAGCCAGUGGAAAUACAGAGACUUGGAUGAAAUUUUAUUAAGGCUGGUCUUCCUCCUGCCAAUGCCUAAGUCAAGAUCUCUAAAAUUGCUGCAGCUUUGAAGUCCCCCAUUGUGUCUGGUGCAAAAAGAGAGAAGACUUCAGCAGGAAACCUCAGAGUUUGAUUGUCCUACGUGUAUCCUCCCUGUCCAACAUACAAGCACUCAGUUGUCCACAGAUAAAAAUGUCUUUCAGCGUAUUUCAGGGUUUGUGGUGUAAUGUUUGUUUUGUAUCUGCUGGUAAAAUUGCUUGUAUCUUUGUUUUAGGACAAAUGUUUCUACAUGUUUUCAUCUCUGUAGUUUGUAUGAUAGCUCUUGAGCAAGGCUUUCAUUUCCUGUGCAGCCAGUUUAAAACAAUUUUUCACCUGAAAUAAAAGCAUCAUAACACAAAGGCCAAGAAGGGCGUGUAGGCGAGCCACAAGUAAACAGCUUUGUGUUUGAAAGCCAAGAGUCGCAAGUCCUCCCUGAUCAUACAGGCAUUUCUGGUCGAUGAGAGAUUUGACAUGAGCUGGCAAUGUGUGCUCGCAGCCCAGAAGGCCAGCCGUAUCCUGGGCUGCAUCAAAAGAAGCAUGGCCAGCAGGUCAAGGGACGUGAUUCUGCCUCUCUAUUCCUCUCUUGUGAGAAUUCAUCUGGAAUACUGUGUCCAGUUCUGGGAUCCUCAGUGUAAGAGGGAUAUGGAGCUGUUGGAACGAGUCCAGAGGAGGGCAACAAAGAUGAUCGGAGGGCUGGAGCACCUUCCCUACGAGGACAGGCUGAAAGAGUUGGGCUUGUUCAGCCUGGAGAAGAAAAGGCUCAGGAGAGAUCUUGUAGUGACCUUCCAGUACCUGAAGGGACUACAGGAAAACUGGAGAGGGGCUAUUCAUAAAGGCUUGUGGGGAUAGGACGAGAGGGAAUGGGUAUAAACUGGAGAGGGGCAGAUUUAGACUGGACAUGAGGAAGAGUUUCUUCACCAUGAGAGUGGUGAGGCACUGGCAUAGGUUGCCCAGGGAAGCUGUGGCUGCCCCAUCCCUGGAGGUGUUCAAGGCCAGGUUGGAUGGGGCCUUGGGCAGCCUGAUCCAGGUUGGAUGGGACCUUGGGAAGCCUGAUCUAGUGGGUUGUCCCUGCCCAUAGCAAAGGGGUUGGAACUAGAUCAUCUUUAAGGUCCCUUCCAACCCUAACUAUACUAUCAUACUGCUAUGAUACAGGAGUGCUUGCUGAAUGUGCUGCUGUAGACUCACUUGCCUUCAUGAGGACAAUUUCCAUUUCCACUCAGAUUUCCAUAACUUCUUAGGAUAAUGCUCCUAAGCGCCUGAUUUGUGAUGCAGCUCCAGACCAGGCUUGCUCUGGACAGUGCCCAUCUUUCUGGUGAGAUAAUGCAUGGAGCUGUACUGCCCAGCAAAGUCCUUAAGAAAUGUUUGGGGCUUGGUUAGGGUUUAUUGGCCAUUUCUUGAGGACAGGGACUUAUGCCCUUAACCCACCUCUGGAAAACUGUACUGUGAUUGUGCCUGUCUUUGUGAAGGUGCUUUGAAUUUGCUGAAUUGCACUGUCAAAGAUGUUCUAAUGAUCUGAACUUGCAAAUGCUUGUGUGAACAGUGCUAUUUGCUUUAGCAGAACUACUUAGUCCAGAAAGAGUCUGCAAGAUCCAGUCCCAAACUGUUGCACUUUGGUGUUACCUGAUGGUAGAGUGCCUUAACUAACCAAUAAAUUAGUUACGGUGCCUAGGGGUGCCUGUGCCAGGCAGGACAGUUCUCGUACAUGAAGUCAAGGCUGUCCAUAGCUUGUCUAGAAACGUGGAGAUUAACUACAGAGUGCCUUCGUGGUGACAUCCAAAAGUGGAAAUCAGUUCUGUAUGUACCCUCCCUCAUGCUAACGGGAGGCUGUGCCCACAGCCCUUUCCCUGGGGGAAGGCAGCUCUAGGCAGACUGAGUCCCAGGCUGCGCUUCCAGCUCGGGUGAGAGGGAGGAAGGGGACUAUUGGCCAUUGAGUUCACCCAAGACUUGGUGCAAUUGUGACUGAUUUUGGGAUGCCCUCUGCUAGCUGAAGAAGAGGCCCUUUGUUGGGAUUAGUGACUCCUCUAGGGAAAAUACUGUCACUUUUUUUCCAGCUGGCUUUGUAUAGUACUGCUUGACUUACUAAUGCUGGGAGAAGAUGGGGUUUGAUGGCAGAAUACUACAAAACAAGUUCGAUUGUCUCAGAGGUGUCCUUAUAUACAGCAACCUGUGCAGCAGUGGAUAACUCUUACUUUCUGAAUCCUGCGGAAGUGUCAAGCAAUAUUCCUGAAGUUUGUUAAAUAA